ACGUGUACAGGAAGUAAUACCGGAAGUAGCUGUGCGCUGCCUGAAGCCGCUAUCUGUUCCUUUUUAAAACCUUUUAAAGUCUUCAUGUGUCCGAAGCAUCAUGAAAUAAUAAGAUUGGCAGCGACAUACGUGAUGAAGUGACGACAGGAAUUUAACUCAUAACCACUCCAGCACAGGCGCGUGUAUGAAGAACUGGACCUUGCAAGACAACAAUGGGCAAACGGAAGGUUCCAGAUCUGUACAGAGCCCCCUUUCCCCUCUAUUCCAUUAAAGUGGACCCCAAAACUGGGCUGGUGAUCUUGGCAGGAGGAGGAGGAGCUUCCAAGACUGGCAUCAAGAAUGCUGUGCACUUCCUGGAGGUGCAGCUGCUCGGGGAGAACCAGCACAGUGCCAGCCUGCUUCACUCCCACGACACGGACACACGUGCCACCAUGAACCUGGCCUUGGGCGACGGCGUGAUUGCGGCGGGCCAGGACGGACGCUGCGCUCUGAUGAAGUUUGACUCGGCGCAGAAAGGUGCGAGCAGCCUUGCUGCUAAUGAAGUGAACAACAUGCCACAAGGCAGUGCCAGGCAACGAGCCGGCAGAAAGAGCAAAGGUGCUCAGGAUGAUGCUUCCGCCUGCGAGGAUAAGUCACAUACGAAAGAUGAGACGGCACACAUAUCUGUGACGGGAAUUACUGAACUGCAGUCAGACGAGAACCCUCAGGACCCACUCCAAAAGGUGGUCCGAUUUAGUCCUGACCUGAGCCUGCUCCUCACUGGAGGCACAGACGGACACAUCAGAGUCUGGGAGUUUCCAUCCCUGAAGAAAAAACUGGACUUCCAAGCACACAAAGGAGAAAUAGAAGACCUGGAUGUGAGCCAAGAAAACAAGCACCUGGUGACGGUUGGCAGAGACUUUGCUUGCAGCGUGUGGAGCAACAACCAACUGGUCACCACUCUUAAGUGGCAUGAAACCAUGCCUCAAAUGGCUGAAAAGACCUAUCGCUAUAUGGCUUGCAGGUUUGGUAAGGUAGAAGACCAAAAAGAUGCUCUGAGGCUUUACACGGUUCAGAUCCCCCACAAGCGAGAGCGCAAACCUCCACCUUGCUACCUGACAAAGUGGGACGGCAAGAGCUUCCUGCCAAUGCUGACUGCUCCCUGCGGGGCCGAGGUCAUCUCCAGCCUGGCGAUCAGUGACUCAGGAACAUUUCUUGGACUUGGAACUGUGACAGGAUCGGUGGCUAUCUACAUCGCUUUCUCCCUUCAGAGGUUAUACUACGUACACGAGUCCCAUGGCAUCGUUGUGACAGACCUGGCCUUCCUUCCUGACACCUUGAAAGGCUGCGAUAUGAGAGGCAAGAUUGAAACCGCCAUGUUCAGCGUCGCUGUGGACAGUCGCUGUCAACUCCACGCUGUUCCUAACCCCAGAACAUAUCCCAUCUGGCUGGUCUUGUUCAUCUGUGGCCUGCUGGUGGUGGGGAUAGUCCUGCUUCUCCAGCACUUCUUCCCAGGGCUCUUUUAAGUCAUCUUUUUACUGAGGAGCUUCAAUCUACCUUCAGACCAGCCAAUACAUCUCAGGUUGGUUCGUCUCCCAAACCGGGAUCGGACUUCUUUGGAAUCAUGAACGUUCCAAGUUUGGGAGUCUUCCAUUCAAAUAUUGGAGGAUAUAGAAAUGAUUCAUCAUAAUGAAAAAAUCACGUAACGCACAUGAAUUUGUACAUUUAACAGUCUGUUUUAAAGUUAUUUUCUCUUUGAGUGGAAUCAUAUUGAUGUCAGAGCAGAGGUGAGGCACCGAGUCUAUGGUGGACCAUCCUGGUCUAUACAACAGUCUGUCUUGGGUUUUCAUCCAAAACCUGUCCCUCCUGGUUGGUGCGUACACAAGCCUCAUAGAUGAGCCUCGCCGCCAAAAUAAAUAUGUUCUCUUUA